AAGAAGAAGCUCAACCCAAAGCCAACCAGAGCGCCGCCAGAACGCACCAGCACACGAACACGCAAAGCACCCGAGCGCUUCGAGGACGUCCAGGAGCAACCUGCACCCCGACCCUCACCUCAACGAAAGGGAACAAAUAGAGUCUUCGACCCCAUCUACAUAACCACAAACUCGACCAGCCGCCUCGGGCGCGCCGACAUUUACCACAUGCUGCUCGAAGACGGAGCGUGGACGAGUCUUUCAGCCGAGCAGCAGGCCACACUCGUGUCUAUGUUUCCAGACAGUGCAGAGAAUCAGCGGCUUCUUGACAGGAUCAGGGCAGGCGAGACGGGCAAGGGUACACGUCCGCAGUGGCUUAAGGCGUCAGAUGUCUUCCGCGAUGAGGUUGCGAAGUUCAAGGACGAUCUGACAAAUGGACAUUUGGCCAAGACGUGGCAGGCUGCUGCUGAGCAGGCGGUUGUUGAGAGGGCGGCGGGCGAGUACGAUGAGUGGAAGGUGGCGGAGGCGGAGUCGUGGUGGGGACAGAAGAGC